CUCAAGCUGUUGGAGGAGCUGUAGCGAUGGAAAGACGAAGUUCUUCAGGGAAGGAGAACAGGGAUCCCUCUCUUCCUCUCUCCUCCUUGCGCCUUUUGGUUCCCCCUCUACGACUGUUCUCUGCAGCCAUGUGGCAAGUGGUGCAGCAGCGAGACAUAAUGCAUUAUGGGAAACUGGAGGAGUUUGUGACUUUGGUGACAGAGGCAGUCCCAGAGCUGCUGAGUUACAGACAGAGGAGCCACCUGAUUCUGGCACUGCGAGCGAGGAGCUCUGAUGUGAAGGUGGAGGCGUCAGAAGCUGAUUUUGUGGAGCUGGUCCAAACCCUGCUGAAAGACCCAGCUGAGAGAGAGCACUUCCUCCAGCUGGGUCCCAGUUAUGACUCAGCUCUGCAGAUGCUGGUGUGGGAGUUCCUUUCCAGACUGGAGCAGCUGCUUAUAGUACCAGACCUCAAACAGACUGUAUCAUGGCUCGGUGCUGCCCCCUCUGUCCUGGAGGAGUGUGUGCAGGCUGCCUCUGACCCACAGCAGCUUAAGACCCUACUCCAGCACCACAGAUGUGUUGGACACCUCGACAGGAGUGCUAGAGAGAUGAAGACAGAAUCUGUGAUGGACAGCAGAGAUUACACAGGGGUUGAGCUGAGAUCAGGUCUGAACAGAAGUGAAGACAUAGAGGAGAGGAUGGAGAGGAAGACUGGAUAUGGGAUGAGCAGGGAGGAGAUAGACAUACUAUCCAACAUGAAGGAGGAGGAAGAGGAAGUGAUGGAAGAGGGCGCACUGAGGCAGAAGGAACAGGUCAUGGUCCAGAAGGAGGAGAUGAUUGACAGCUUGGAGAACCCCCUGAAAGAGCCUCCAGAUUCAUCAGAGCCAGAGAUCUGUGCUGAACCCUCCUUUGAAUCUUCUGUCAUCCCCCUCAGUAAAGGAAACACAGGGCAGACAGCUGAGGUGGCGUCUCAGGUCUUUGCCUGCUCCCAGUGCCCAUUCACUCACAUGGAAGAAGUGAACCUUCAGCGGCACAUUGAGAAGGUUAACCCAGAGGAGGACAGCAGGAUUCUGGGAUCUGGAGGAAAUGGAUCCCACACAGGCACCCCAGGGGCCCACACAUGCCCCCAGUGUGGGAAGAGUUUCAGAUACGUAUCACAACUUUCAGCACACCAGCAAAUUCAUACAGGAGAUCGGCCAUACCACUGCUUCCAGUGUGGAAAGAGUUUCAGCUACAUAUCACAUCUGACAGCACAUAAAAGAACCCAUACAGGCGAGCGGCCAUACCACUGCUCCCAGUGUGGAAAGAGCUUCAUAACUUCAUCAGUCCUGACAAUACACCAGCGAACUCAUACAGGGGAGCGUCCAUACCACUGCUCACAUUGUGGGAAGAGCUUCAGAUCUGCAUCCGGUCUGACAACACACCAGCAAUGCCACACAGGAGAACGUCCGUACCACUGCUCCCAGUGUGGAAAGACUUUCAGAUCUGCAUCACACUUAAAAGUACACCAGCGCAUUCAUACCGGAGAGCGGCCAUACCACUGCUCCAUUUGUGGGAAGAGCUUCAGAUCUGCAUCAGAUCUGACAACACACCAGCGAAGCCAUACAGGGGAGCGUCCAUACCACUGCUCCCAGUGUGGGAAGAGUUACAGAUCUGCAUCACACCUAAAAGAACACCAGCAAAUCCAUACAGGAGAGCGUCCCUACCACUGCUCCCAGUGUGGGAAGCAGUUCAUUCAAUCAGGUAAUCUCAAACGACAUCAGCUAACGCACAGAGGGCAGGGCCCAUACCAAUGCUCUCAGUGUGGAAAGAGCUUCAGAAUUUGGUGA